AUGAGUUUCGUCUAUCGCAUCCUUAGAUCGUACACGUCUAUGAUGGUUCGAGGCCGCGGCAUACCUCCAUUCAUCCACUCGUCUCAAAUCACCACAGAAUUGAUAACUCCACCUCUCUCGACGUGUCUGAGCUUAGUUCGGAUAUGUGAACAGUCCCUUCCGGGCAGCGAAGAAGUUGCCGCUGAUGUCAUACAACGCGAAAUGAACAACCUCUACGACAAACACGCGACAUACGACAACGCUAGUCUACUUGCAGCGUUCCAAGCACAUCUGAUAUACUCAAUGGUUCUGUUCUUCUAUCUUACGCCCGGUGGCCCGGUUCCCUUCCUACGACAAGCUGUGAUCAAGCUUCAAGAGAUCGCUUGCGUUUGUUCGCGUCGAGGUCUCAUGUCUGUCUCCGAGCAGCAAGGGAUCCGUCCAAAGUGGGAAGACUGGAUUGUAGCAGAAGCAAAACGACGGACGUUGUUCACGAUGUACUUUUUCGACAAUGUGCUGUCCGCUCAGGAUGGGUUUUCGAUCUAUCUGGGGACUGAGUUGAAAGGCUUACCAGCACCGUCAAGCAAGGCGCUGUGGCAGUCAAGUGUCCGACAGGAGUGGGAAAAGAUCUACAACAUUCAUUUGGCGGACUGGGUUGACAGUCUAUUUCGGAUUGAUGAACUAUGGCCUAUUCCCGAUGAUCUUGAUGAGGAUGGGGUAUGGGCCUCAGGCCACCACAACUCCUUUAUCCAGCCUGACCCUCCUCUCCGCCUUUCCUUUUGUUCUCUUCGCUUUCAAGCCUUCAUCUCUCAAUCUCCUCCACCAUCUAUUUGGCCACAAGACAAAAUGGCACCUCGCACUCCUACCAUCGCGGAAAUACGAGCAUCCACCGAAGUGCUCAGCCCCCCUGAUGCUUCAGCCAAAGUUGUGAAAGUGGGCACUUUCGCAGUCAAGUUUGGCCAUACUGUCUCCCUCCAAGAAGCCGAGGCCCUCCGAUUCGUAUCAACUAAUAGUAGGGUUCCUGUACCAGAACUCUUUGAGACAAUAGUAGAGCCAGAGUCCGGGGUUAUCUUUAUUAUCAUGGAGUACAUCGAUGGCAAAAGCUUGGGAGAUCUCUGGCCGUCACUUGAAGCAUCUGAUAAGCCCGAAAUUACUGACCAACUUCAUGCUGCUUUACAGGACUUGCGCAGCCUUGAGCCACAGUCACCCUCUUAUUUCGGCUCUGUCGAUCGACAACCACUUAUCGAUGGAAUCUUCUGGACCCCAGAUCAGGACCCGUCUACAUCAGGUCCUUUCAACAGAGAAGAGGACCUUAAUGAAGGUAUACUCAAGCGGCUAGCGGAAACUGAGCCUCAGGCACAUCUUAUACUACUACGGACACUUAUGUCUGCAACACUAUGCAACCAUCAAGUCAAAUUCACACACGGGGAUCUACAACCUAAAAAUAUUCUUGUUAAGAGGACUGGAUUAGAUGGGUCACAAAGACAAAAAUAUGAGGUCAUAAUCAUAGACUGGGAGAUCUCAGGAUGGUAUCCAGAGUACUGGGAAUUCUGUAACGCUACGGUCGCAGGUCGUUUUCGACCAGAGUGGCUAGAUGUAGUGCAGGAUAUCAUGCACGUCUAUACAUCAGAGUACCUAAUGAUCCAGACAAUCCGCAGCCUUCUUUUCUAUUAA